AUGCCGGGGAUUCUGCAGAAGAAUGGGCUAACAAUGCCUCCAAAACAUUGUCCGUUGCAUUUUUCUGUAGCACGGGUCAAGCUCGCCAUGUGGUCGUGGGGCCAAGUGGAGAAGAAGUUCUCCAAGCCGCUUCUGCCGCUGUCGUCGGCACCGCCGUCUGCAGCGCAGUCUGCAGCGCCCUUGGCCGCGGCCAGUUUGGUUGUUUUGUUAGUGGGCUGGAUGUCUCCGCAGUAUGCCGAGGAGCUCGGAGCCUUUCAGCUUAAAGAUUACUUGUCCAGCUCGCCGCUGAGUGCCGCCCUGGUGGUCCAAAGCUCCUGGGCGCUGUUGGCCUUGGUCCCAGUGAAGAAUGGGACGAACUGGUGCCGCCUGCCGAGCCGAACUGGGCACACGUGGCUGCUGGCGCUCUUUUUGGCCGUGCUCUCCGUUGCCACGCACGCCAUGUGGUACAAGUCCUUCACUGGAACCACACCGGCCAUCAACACUUUGGUCUGGAACUUGGACAUCGUAGCCGCCUUGGUCCUGGAGGCCCUUGUGGCGUGGAAACCGCCCAAGUCCUCCGCUGUGCUGGGCAGUUUCCUCACCUUGUUGGGCGCCUUCUUAGCGGUGCGCUCGGGAAUGGCAGGAAACACGAUGUGGGGUUGCGCCCUAUGCCUCUUUGCAACAGUUCAAUAUUCUCUCUGUGCGAUCAUGACCGCCGAACUUCUGAUGGAUUGCCCACUUACAACGCUGCUGGCGUUGGAAGGAGUCAUGAGUCUAUUCACAUUGUUGGGAGUCUUAGCCAUGACCACACUUCUCGGAUCACCGUGGCCCGUCUUUCCGAGUUGGUCAGCGACGAUGUUCAUGGCGGUGGCCAACAUGAUGUUGAAUUUCGGGUGGUUGUCCUUCACCGUGCUCAUGGGCGCAGCACAAGCAGCACUGGCGGCCUGCCUCUCAAUGCCCAUUUCCUUGCUUUUGGAUGAGCUUUUGCUCCAUUCCUGGGCGAACCCGCUGGAGGCGGUGGCAUCACACCUCAUUCGGUUCUUUGAGCCGGUUUCAUGGUGUGGGGAUUGCUGACUUGCAUCGUCCAAGUGUGUUCCAGAAACCGUUGGUCAUGUUAAAAUGCUGCCAUGUGGCCUCCAUGGACAGGUGCUGGGCAGCCUUCUGGCAAUUUUCGGCUUCAUCGUGAGCCUUCGUCCCCGUGGCCGCACCCGAACAGAUGUGGUGAAGCUUGAGGCCCAGUGCUUUGUGGAAGUCCCAGACUGUACCAGAUGCGUGGGAUGAGUGGAUUUUGACCAACAAAGCUUCUCAAAGCCUGCAGACUUUGAGAUCUUUAGGGUUUGGACUCGAUCCUGGGAUGAUUGUAAUUCGCUUCAGAGGUUUGGCUCUGCAUUUCUUGCCUCCACUUCUUUGGGGACGCAGCGCGCUCCUCAGAACUCCCGCCUUUUUGGGGAGUUGAAAGUAGCGCUGCGCAGCGCCCGCGUGGGUGGCCCAGGUUGAAGCCUGCUUGCAAUGGCAACGGACAAAAAAAAUCCUGGUCUUUCUCAUCCUAUGCGUUGAUCUUUAAUCUUUUUAUUGACACAUGACUGC